GGAGGCUUUGAGCUACAGAAGUGAGCAUGGUAGGGACCACUCUAUAGGGGCAUCUCUGGCCUCAUGAUGGAGCAAGGAGGCCAUCCAAUCCCCAUGACAAGGACUAGCCCUUUAAUUUGAAAGUUUCUAGAGCCAUCUUGUUUUCCUAAGACUAGAAGUUCAUUCCAGGUCAAGAUCAGCUACAUAACGUACAAGGGCCCAUGUUCAAGAAGUAGGAAAAAGGCGCCAUUAAAGGUAUCUAGUUCUCUCGAUCUGUCAUAGUAAUGCUUCUUUGCUAUUUAAUGUCACAAUCUCCCAGGCACCAAGAUACUUGAAGGACACUUGCAGAUGCUCGCACUGCCUGGGGAUCCCCACAUUGCCACUGCACAUACGUGUGUGGUCCACCGUCAGCCACUGCUGGACCGGCGUGUCUUGCUCCAGAGAGAGUCAAGCCAGGUGUUUCCCCCAUGAGCCUGCCACUGCCAUCUAUGGUGGCCGGGCAGCUCUCAAGGAUAUGUCAAUAUCUGCUGCAAGCAAUCCGUAUUGAAUUGGGGGCUGGAGAGAGGUCUGCUCCUGCCAGGCUGCCCGCCUACACCACAGCACGGUCAUGGCAUGGGAGGGUUUGAUGGCAUGCUGGGCCCUAAGACACUGCCAUCACAUCUCUAGAUACAUCUCCACUCAGUACGAGCUGGGGGUCGGUGGUGGCAGUGUUUCUGGGAGGGAUAGGAAAGGAGGAGGCUGGGUGGGGCCCCCAGGGCCGGGGGCCAGGAACCCCCAAGAAGGUGAGGAGGGGAAGGAAGGCAGAUCAUAUGGGGACUGAGGCUCUAAGGUCCCAGACUUGCUCCUAUUCCGACCAGAUUUGAUUUACAGAGCACAUAUUCAAAGAUAAAAUUGUUAAGAAUUGCAAUACAGUGAGUGCUGAGCAUUAAACCCCAAGGUAAGAACAGGGGUGUGCAGCUGCCCUCCUCAUACUUGGCCUGGCUCCAGGUUAUUAAAAAUGCCUGAAAGCUGAAGGCUGAGGCUGUUAGGCUCAGCUCUCGUCCCCUAGUACCUACGUAUUGCCUUAUGUUCAUGAAGCUGCCUUGUUUGAAGGCCACAGAAACAAAUGUGCAGAUAUCAGCAUGGCUGCACUUUCCAGGCCAGAAAAAGUUCACUGUGAGUUGGUGUAGUUGAAAAAGAAUUUACAUAAAAGUUGGACGCAAAGCAGGAUAGACAGACAUGUGAAUGUAAGGCUGGUAAUAAUAGCCAGACACACUGAUAGCCACUUAAUACUCAUUUCAGUGAGUCCUUUUAAAUAUCCUAUGAAGUAUGUACCUUUAUUCUGUCCCCAUUGUAAGAUGAAGAGACAAGUUCAACAAAGUAAGCCACCAGCCCGAGGUCAUACAUCUGCUAACCCGCUCUGUCUGACCUCAGUCUGCCUUGUUCAGUUAUCCUAUUUUGCAUUCCCAAGAUGAAGAACAGAGCCUUGCAGAAGCAUGGACAACAGGAUGGGGCUUAUUUGGGGGUGCAGGGAUAUAAGUAGUAAUUUUGAUACCUGUGUUCUUGAUGAAUGAAAAGGAUGUGGAAAUUCUGCCUUUGGGCUGCUAGUUGACAUUGUCACAGGCUCGGGGAUUCAGAGCUAAAUUGGUAAAAUGACUACCACCCCCCCCUUUUCUCCCAGACCACCAUAAAAUUGAGAUUAACCACCCCCCUUUCUUGUGUGAAGGUAGUACAAAUGAAAACCAGGGCAGUAACAGUGCACAUUGCUUGGGAUUUUCUUACAGGGCACCAGGCUUCUUUCCAAGCACUUCCCUAUGUUCCAAGCACAUCCAUAUCCUCAUCCCUACAGCUUGACAACAACCCUAAGAGACUGGCAGAGGAGCUGUGGGCUUCAAAGAACCAAGUGGAUAGGCACAGCCAUCCCCAUCCCCCCAGCAAGCUUCAGCACAAAGCAAGCAGCAAUUAGCAUGAACACAAACAGUUCUUGGGUUGGUGCUCAGAAGUUAGGUGGGCAACCUGAGAUGAUCCAGCCUCAAGGUGAUGGAACGCAGCUCAGGAAUGGACCAGCUCUGGGCAUGUUGCGUCUGUCAAUCACUAUGGCUGCUCCUUAGUCAAUGGAAGAGACAAUGGAGCUGGGAGAGAGAAGGGGCUAGCAGGCUCCUACGUCCUGCAUCAGUAGGAUCAGUGCGUGGCUCCUGGUUUUCCAGCUCCUGGCCUCGUGUUCCUUCCACUGCCCCAGCCAGAAUUCCCAGAAUACUGGUCCUCCCAUCAUGUCAGUCCUUGAUCCUAGGAAAUGGAGCAUGUCAAUGUGCUUUCUUUAUUGAUUCACUUCAUUGACCAAGUGUAUUCCCCAUUACUUUCAAAUAUAAGUGAGCCUCCUGUCCUCUCGCAGAGGUCCCAGACCUCUGCUCUGAAGAGUCUUCCCCAGAAAUGACCCUGACCGGGAAGAUGUCUUAUAUUGUCUUUGCCUUUUUCUUCAUUUUUGCCCAGUUUCCGUCAGGGUGCCAGGCAGGACUCGAGUAUUCCAAGCCACUUCCAGGAGGUGACUUUGCUGCUUGUGAGCCAUGCAGGCUCGGCCGGGGCAAGUGCAGAAAGAUGUGUGCUGAGGAUGAGAAGCCUGUUGGACAUUGCAAGCUGAACUUUUUCUGUUGCCGACGGAAGGUCAGCUGAACCCAAUCGGCCCUCCUCCAGUCUUGGAAGCAGGCCUGGACUUUCAAAGGAGGGCAAGAGAAAUUGGGUGGCUUUACCCAAGAAACACCAUGAGUGAGUCUCAGAAUCAUUCCGGUUUCUUUCUCCCCUUGUUUUGUUUCUUUGCUUAUUUUUUAUUGAUUUUAAAAUCAAGAUUCGAAGGUGCCUAAGAGCCUAAUCAGAUACUACCACUACAAAUUUGUGGAGUACCUUGUCAUUUGUGAGUACUUCCCCCAUACUUUCCUCAGAGAACUCAAUAUAACCUUAUGAAGUAGAUUUUAUUAUCUCUAUUUAUAUUUGAAGAAAUUGAGACCCAGAGAAGCUGUCACUUCCUCAAGGUCAUAGCCUGGGAGCCAGAAACGGACGUGUAUACCCCUGUCAUGUUCUGUGUAUCUAUCUAUGUGUACCAAUUUUAACAAAAUAGAGAAACAAAGGACAUCGCAUUUGUGUCAGUGGACUUAUAAUUGUAUAGAAUACAAGAAAUUAUCCAUGUCAUUUCUUGGUAUAUCCAUACAUUGUCAUUCUUCUAGAACUUAUGGUGUAUUUUUUAAGCAACUCAUACCUACUCAAUUAAUGUCUGUGGCACCAAUUUCUCACUUCUUUUCUUGCCUAUAAAUGAAAAUGCCAGAGAUUGACUUACAAUGCUCAGCCUAGACUAAGCAUGGAUGGUUGACUAUAUAACUUUUUGCCUCAUGAAAUAAAAUUUGUAGCUUCAUACAAUAAAGGUCAAAAUUAUUCAUCCUUAUGAGCAGCUACUCAAAUUUGAUCACUCAGUUUUUACAUGUGAGACGAACAGUAUUUUGCUUAAUGUUUGAGCUACCAUUGUAUGAUUGGUCAUUUUGUACUCCAGUACAUCUUUUGGUCUCUCCUUGGUGGGAGAAUGGUGGAUGGGAGGAAGGGGUUCUCUCCCCUGCCUCUCCAGCAGUGGCUGCCUCUCCCAGGUGCCCACACUUCAAAGUGUCUACAGGCAAAGAGCUCCGACUGGAGUUGUGCACCAUGGCAGGACAGAAAAGUCAGCACUGGAGUGGACUGCACUCACGAGAUUAGGGAGGGCAAAGGGGCGUGGCUUCCACAGACCUCGUGAAUGCUACUCAAGGUCACUGGGCUGAAACCAUACUAAAGGGAAAAUUCCCAAAUAAUGUGGCCUGCUAGAGCAAGGGAAACGUAGUAAGUGGUUUAAGAUAGAGACCUGGGAGGUUAGGUUUAAGAUAAGUUCAUAAGAUGGACCAGAAACAAUAUCAAACAUUCAGGACACAGUAGAGUGCCGUGGGCCACAUGGGAGCCUUGAAAGAACACAGAAAUAUGCUUUCCAAAAGGAGAUUUAUCUUGGAACAUUGCGGUAUCCGUUUCUUUCACUGUACAACAAAACACCACAAAAGUUAGCAGCUUAAACAGCACACGUUAUCUCUCAGGCUUCCAUGGGUCCAAAGUCUGGGCACAGGGUAGCUAGACUCCCUGCUCAGGGUUUCACAAGACUGACAGCAUGGUGUUGGCCCAGAUUUGGAUCUAAUCCAAGGCAAGAGAUCUACUUGCACACCCCUGGGGCCGCUGGGAAAAUUCUGUCACUUGGGGUCCUAGGCCUGGGGUGGGUGGCUGUUGUCUUGCAGGCUGUCAGCAUCGGGCUGUCCUGAGCGAGCCGAGGCUGCUUUCUUUUUCCUGCCCAAUGGCUCUUCCCAUAGAACAGCAGUUUCUCCUUCAAGGCCAGUGAGAGGCUCUCAUCCUUCAAAACUCCAAUUUCUUUCUAAUCAGAACAAAAGAAAGGGGGAGAAAACCAAGCUUCACAGAAUAACGUUUUUGUUCACCAUUGGAAUCAAAUUAGUAUUGAUCCAAACUAGAUUGUUUAAAGUUUAUUUAUGUUUGAAAGAGAGAGAGAGAGAGUGAGCAGGGUAGGGGAAGAGAGGGAGACACAGAAUCCAAGCAGGCUCCAGGCUCUGAGCAGAGAGUCUGACGUGGGACUCCAACCCAUGAACCCAGAGAUCAUGACCUGAGCUGAAGUCAGACACUUAACCAACUGAACCACCCAGGCGGUGGGUGGUUGUAAACAAACUAGAUUGUUUAAAAUUAAUUGCAACCCCCAAGUCAUUUAUAAUAUUACUCAAACAUGGAUUGCAAGAUAAAUGACAGGGAAUUCAAAUGGUACCUCAGGAAAUAUCUGUUUAACACAAAAGUAGUCAGUAAUGCAGGAACAGAGGGGGGAAAGAGGCAUAACGUUUAGAAAACAAAUAGCAAAUGGCAGAUGUAAAUCUUACCUCAUCAAUUAUGGCAUUAAAUGCAAAUGGGCUAAACACUCCAGUUAGAACCUAGCAGAAUGGAGUAUGUAAAGAAGAUGCAACUCUAUGCUGUGUGCCAGAGACACAGUUUAGAUUCAAGGAACUAAAGAGAUCAAAACAGAUGGAAAAAGAUAUAGCCAAAGGCAAGAGAACUUUGUACAAUGGUAGAUGAGUGAAAGCCUCAUGAGUCAACAUGACAAUUAUAAGUGUAUAUAAACCUCACAGGAGUCACAAAAUACACGAAGUGAGAACUGACACAUCACAGGGAGAAACCGAUAAUUCAACAAAAAUAUUGGAGGACUUUAAUAUUUAAUAAGGAAAUAGAUCUGAAGACACUGUGAACCAGUUGGACAUCUAUGGCACACUCCAGCCAACAACAGCAAAAUACACAUUCUUCUCAAGGUCCCAUGAGACGUUCUGUAGAUGUUCUUCCAAAAUAUCUGCAGAAUAGGCCAUAUGGUAAGCCAAAAAUCCAGCCUCAAUGAUUUCAAAGGAUCGAAAUCAUACCAAGUAUGCUCUCUGACCAAAAAGGAAUAACAAGAGAAAACUUGGGAAAGUCACAAAGAUGUGGAAAUGAACAACAUGCUCCUAGAUCAGCAAUGGGUCAAAGAAGAAAUCAAAAGAGAAAUUAGAAAAUAUUAGGUGAAUGAAAAUUGAAAACAAAGCAAAACAAGACUUAGGGGAUGCAGCUAAAGGAAUGCUUAGAGGAAAAUUUAUAGUUGUAAAUGUCUCCAUUUAAAAAGAGGAAAGAUCCCAAAUCAGUGAACUAAUCUUCCAAUUUAGGAAGCUAAAACUUCAAGAGCUGACUAGUCCCUCAAAGGGUACCCUGUUCCCUUGGAUCUGUUCCAAACAUUUUAAUGUCUAUAGGAUUUGCUCUUUCAUUCAUUCUAUGUACUUGGGCUCCCCUUGUCCUCCAUUUUUAAAAUUUUUUAAAUGAAAUUUUAAGUCAUAAGUGUAGACAUUUCUCAUUGUUUAAAAUAAGCAUUUGGACACAAAUUUCUGUGAUUCUUUUGCUGGG